GUCUUCAGUAGCAAUCGCCAGUUUGUACAAUGACAAUUAUUGAUACGGGUGUACUAAACGCCACAGCGCCAAUAGGCGCUGCUGGAUUCACUUUAUCAAAGCUAUUACCAACCAACUUUAGCAAUGCUGUGGUUGACCUGCCAACCAACUAUCAGUACUUCACACAGGGUGGAAUUCGUAGUGGUCUAAGCGCUGAUGGGUCAAGGUUCAAACUCAAUGGAAAGGAGGUGUUCAUCUACAGCGGGGCGUUUCACUAUUUCAGAGUGCCGAGGCAGUAUUGGAGAGACAGGUUGAGAAAAAUGAGAGCUGCGGGAUUGAACACCGUUGAGACGUAUGUGCCAUGGAAUUUGCAUGAACCAAGAUCAGGCCAUUAUGACUUCGGCGAUGGACGCAACGACAUGUCCGACUUUCUUCAUCUCCAGGAGUUCAUGAAGGUGGCUCAAGAAGAAGACCUCUUCGUCAUAGCUCGCUCAGGACCCUUCAUCUGCGCCGAAUUCGAGUUUGGAGGCCUGCCCAGCUGGCUGUUGAGAGAAAGUGAUAUUGAAGUCCGGACCUCAAAUCCUACGUAUAUGAAAUACGUCACAAGGUUUUUUAAUGUUUUGAUGCCAAUCCUAGCUGCACUGCAGUUCACCAGAGGAGGUCCGAUCAUUGCCUUUCAAGUGGAGAAUGAGUACUCCAUUUCUGGGAAGCACGACUUAGAGUAUCUGAAGCUGCUUAGGAAUCUGAUAUUGAGCCACGGAAUUAAGGAAUUACUAGUUACAUCCGACAAUCCAAGAUAUGGGACCUAUGGAUCCUUACCGGACCUAUUCCUUAUGACAGGAAACUUCGAUGAUCACAUAGAAGGCAACUUGAUCAUGAUACAGAAAAACAACCGACCGAAUAGACCAAUCAUGGUGAUGGAAUACUGGGGAGGGUGGAUGGACUUCUGGGGAGACAAUCACACUGAAAAGGGUGCUAGUCUGUACAGAUACAACUACGAACACAUCCUGAAGCACCCAGCAUCAGUCAAUGUCUACAUGUUUGUUGGUGGAACCAACUUUGGUUUUCUGAAUGGAGCACAGAAUUUCAAAUAUGAUGAUUGGAAUACUGAUUACCAUUCUGUCACCUCAAGCUACGACUAUCUGUCACCAAUAAGUGAAUCAGGAGAUGUGACUGAGAAAUAUUGGAUAACAAAGGAGCUUCUCGAAAAGUACAACCCCAUCAAGACGAAACUACCUCCUGUGCCUGCAAAUCCAGAGAAAAUCAUUUACCCUAAUGUCAAAAUGACUCAACAAUUGUAUUUGGACGAUCUUCUAAAAACCGUCAAACCCAUCUCGUCAAAAAAUGUGGUACCAAUGGAGUUCUUGGACAUAAAUGGCAAUAGCGGACAGAGUUAUGGAUACAUUGUUUAUCGUAAGACAAAUGUGAACAUACCUGCAAAUGGUUCUCUGUUGAUUGAAGGAAGAAUCUGCGAUACAGCUAUGGUAUUGGUGGAUGGUGUUCUAGUCUCACCGUGGCUUGAGAAAUCAGCUGAUCUGAAUAAGUUUGGAACCUCCAACAUACUAAAUUCGUACAUCACAUUAUCUGGGAAAGAGGUAAUAAAUGCUACGAUUGAUAUAGUGGUAGAGAAUUGGGGCAGAGUCAAUGUAGGGACCUACAAGCAACUGAAAGGACUAUGGCAGGGUCAAGUCAAGCUUAAUAAAAAAUACCUGUACAAUUGGGGAAUAUACCCACUGGAGUUCAAAGGAGAAUGGACAAGACGUCUUAGAAAUUGGCACUUGAAGAAUACAGGAAGUCCAGGUCCAAUCUUAUACAGGGGAUACCUGCAGAUUGACGGUACACCACAGGAUACAUUUGUGCAUAUGGAAAAGUGGGUUAAAGGAAUUGUGAUAGUAAAUGGGUUUGUUAUUGGGAGAUACGCUCAUAUGGGGCCAGUACAAACGCUUUAUCUGCCUGCAACUGUCUUAAUGAGCGGCAGUAACACAAUUGACGUAUUUGAACACUACAAAGGCAUUGGGGACGUAGAGUUCUCAGAUAAACAUGUAUACCACCAGUAUUAAACGCAGAUUCCUUAAACUAUAUUGUUUCGUUUGCUUAAAUUGACAUAGCCUUGUUACAUUCCAAAAGCUUCUUUUACUGAGCGUCGGAAGUCAAAACGUGGAGAAGAGCUGACACUGGCAAACCCUAGAGGCGAUAUUGCAUUUUUGACCGUUGAUAUUAAUUAUUAGGGUGUUUCUCUACUAACUGGAAAGUUGCCCAUACAAAACUGCCCCUACCAUAUUAUUCUUAUAAAUUAAGAAAAUAUAUUGAUAAAUCAAGUGAUACUAACUAAAGUAAUAUGCCGGUUCAAAAGCCCACACACAAUGCUAUUUGUUUUCGAAUUAUGAACGAAGUUAUAAAAAAUGACGAGGAACGUUUAUGAGGGAUAAAACAACAUGUUUUAAUCUAAUGUAAGCAAUCGAACCCCUUGUUUCUAUUUAUUUUAACUACACUAAAAUAAAGUUUGGAUAUUUAGGAAAAAACAAUGUCUAAAAUUUAUUUUCUCAAAACGAUACAGCUUCGGAGCUAAGAAGCUUUAUUUAACCUAACUAGUAAAUUUUAUAGUGACUCUUACAGCUUACAGCAAAUCUACUAUUGCACUCUAGGUAAAUAUCAAUCUAUUUUUAAAAUACUGGUACAGUUACUGGAAAGUAAUAAAACAAUCCUUUCCUUUUUGGAGUUAGAUCUGGGUUUGGUAACUUUUCCAACAUAUGGUCCAAGUCACCUCAUCUUCCUUUUAAUCAAUUUGAUUUAUCAUUGCAGCAUGUCGGUGUUCUGCUUUUUUGACGGAAAACUUUACUACUUUUCUAAAACAGAGCUGGUAUCUAAGUCAACUGCUGGACCAAAUUCAUCUGCGACUUCUACGACUCUGAGUUUUCCCUGGUCUUCAUAUUUUGCUUGUACUGUGUCUACAAAAGUCGUUCGUAUCUUAAACGUUCGGCCAUACGUUUUUAUUCUAAGAUUUUACCCUGUUUUUGGGUGGCUCUCUUUUGGCUGGAAUCGAGAAUUAACUGAAAGAAAUUCAAUAUUUUGCAAAUUACUAAUCACCGCAGUAUCGCCUGGCUAAAUAAGCUUGAAAUUGCCUGAAAGAAACUCUACCCUGCAGCAGGAAACAGUUCCCUGUUCAAAAAAUUGUCAGGGGAUUGUGCCCAGAGGACUGUUAUUUUAACAAGGAAUGUUUCUUGGCAUACAGUCAUUCAAGAAUCAUAUAAAAUGAACAGAUAUACGAGCCCCUUCCCACUUCAGUUGGCCCACUUAAAGAUUUCUACCAAAAUAUGCCUUUAUAAACUAAACAUGACGAAACUAUUUACUUCUAAAACAAUUUAUUUUCUCAAAAACAUUUUAGACACACUCUAGUCGUAAAAAAUACAUACUUGAAAUCAUUUAGAUCUAUAACUAAUAGAACAUCUGAACAAAUAAACAAUGUGCGAAUAAAUGCGCGAAGUUAAAAAAGCAACAAUUGAAAGAUUACCAUUGGGUAACAUCACCUUUAUUUUUUAUUACGGCUGAAAUUCUUUGGGGCAUAGUGUUAACCAAUUUUUGGCAAAAAAGCUUUGGUCUCAGUUCGGUGAUUGUUUGAGCAGGAUGUUGUACUAUGAGAAAAAGUUCAUGUUCGCAAGUUUGAACUAAAUAUUUCGCAGUUGAUUCACUUGGAAAUUCCAUGAAAUUGUUGCAAACAAGUGGCCCAGGCCAGGGGUGGCGAUUUUUCGCUAAAGUAGCGAUCUAACAGCUUCAAAUAGCUACUAAAAUGAAUGACUUGAGAAUUGGCUAUUUUAAUGUCACCCAGUAUCUAGCAGUUUGGGGAUAUUUUCACUUUUAUGGGUUGGUGAUUUGACUAGCGAUCGAAGCUUCACCAGAUGCAAUUCUUAUUUUUACAUCUACCCUUUUUAGAUAGUUAGCUAUGCGGUUUUGCCAAAAACAUUGCGAGACCAUUGAAUAGGUCGUGGUCCACUCCACCCUUAGGUUAAUUAUACCAUGAACUGUUUCUGCAGAAUUAGAGGUUUUACGUGUAACUUUAGUCAUAUAGUGGUUUGGCAGAUAAAAGAUCUUGUAAGCGAAAAAAAUUACAACAGUCAAAGUGCAGCAACUCAUGCUACACAUGUUUACCGUUUCUCCAUCUAUAGCUGGAUCUACACGGCUUUAAAAUGAGCACAAUCGGGAGUCUCAAGUUAUUCCACGUAUAUUUCAUGUCUCUAUAGGAUUUCAUUUUUCAUUGAUUGUGUGGAGCUGACGCGUGUAUUUUUAUUAUUUUGGAAACAUACCAUGUGCGAGAGAUGUAGUUUUACCGCUGUGGUUAUAAAAAUUUACUGUCGACUGGCUGAAUAAAAGCUUUACUGUUAUGAUUCGUGAUCGUUUUGGAUUGAUAACGUCCCAAACCGCAAAGCACAUGUGUUAGAUACAUUUCAGAUACACUACAUUGUCUCUACGUUAGUCGUCGAGAUAGUAACUAGAAAAGCGCUAUUUGACUAUCUUUUAGAUGUACAAAACGGCAGAGAAAAGAAUGACUUUCUUGUAUCGUAUUGACACAACUCUGGCUUAAGUUUUAUACUCUGUGUACACGGUAAUAUUACAAUGGCAAUUCAGAAAGCCUCAGUACUGCGUGGAAUAGGAUGACCAUCAUCAUGUAAAGAUACAGCCUGCGCAACUUGUUCCGGUGGAUAUGAUUCGCACGAUUUUUUUCAAAACAGCAUACAUUCUUCAACAAUUGAGAUAUUGACAUAAAUCAAAAAAAUAGCUGUUGAGAAAAGUUGAGGCUCAAAAUAUUCAUACGAAGACACAUUAUUUAGUAAUCCAAUGACAAAAGGCACCAUUUAGUUACACCCUGUAUAACAACAAACAUUUUAAUUUUUUUUGUAAUAUCGACAGUCGUUAAUCACGACACGUAAAAAUUUAACGGAGUUGAGGAAAAGAUUAAAAAGUUAUUUAAAAUUUAAUUUGAACAAAAUUUUGUUUGUCCGGUUAAUUUUGCGUGGCAGUUUAUGAGGAUAAUUUCGAAAUUAGAUUUUCGGCUACUAAUAAUAAUAAUAAUAAUAAUAAUAAUUUUCGGAUACUAAUGAACGAAAAAUCUAUGAGCAGGGAGUUCUUUCGUCAAAUGUGGACAUAAUAGUUACCCAAAAUUCACAGGUCUUAGAAAUAAUGUGUGUUCUGGUGACUUAUCUUAAAGUAACAAAAUAUGAAAGCAAUUAGUGAAUGUUCAUGUCUUAAUAUUAAAAAGAGAAUAUUUCAAAUAUGGCCGGUUUCAGAAUUUAAUUUCCACGAUGUAGGUCGAAAUAGCAUGCAUUUUUAACUUUAUAGUUGAGUUUAUACGCUAUUUUAGACCUAACAAUUACUUAGGGACCAAAUUCCAAAUAAAGGUAAAACGAGGCGUUGGUCUUUACUUUGAAUAAACAUUCUGACAUUUUGACCAGCGCUUCAUCGGAGGAUUUGGGGACCUAUUUGUAAAUCUGAUUUACAAGAAAUUAUUUUUUCUGGAUGUAACACUUCUAAUGUCACUAAGUACAUUUCCGAUUCCAAAACCAUACGGUCGAAAACUUAGCAGCAGUAAACGUUGCGGCUGCUAUAAUCUUCUGACUAUAUCUAAAAAAAGGUUGCUAGCUCAACAAUUAGAGCAGACAUAAAACUUUUGACGUAGUGUGGCCCUAAUUUUGAUCAACCGCACCACUAUUGUGCUUACAAAAGCUCUGAAGGUUCCAUGCUGUAAUGCCUAUUAUCAACAACGUAAACUUCUUUGUGUGUGUGUGUGUGUGUGUGUCGGACUUAUUAUUACAUCCCAUAAUCAACGAAAUGGCGUCGUGUGUAAGACAACACUCUUUCAAGAGCCUUUUUGGAGUUUUUGUUGCCUUUAACAAUGUAAACGGAGUGAUUCUUUUGUCACAACGUAAUUAAGUUAGCUCAUGCUUUGUUCGCUGUGUAUGCCAUAUAUAUUACAUUUGUUAUUUCGGAAGAAUUUCGCCGUGGGUGAGGGUUUGUUUUUUGUUAGUGGAUAUGUGGGCGUGAAAAUCGGGUAUAAUGGAAAGAAGAAUUGGGGUACUCCUUACUGACUAAUGGUCACAGGGUUUCGUAAUGUUGCGAGAUUUUAUUUUUAGCUUAUGCGUUUGCCACCAGUAAACACAGAAAGAAGAGUAACAUGUGUAGGAAAUGAAAUUACUAAUCUGAAGACUGACAGUCUUAAUUUGUUUAUCAUAUGUUUUGUUAUAACAACAAGCAAAUCAAGAACCUACUAUAUCUCAUAACUUGGUGUCAGCAAAGCUCUCAUAUGAAGAGCGUAUACAGGAAGGUUUAAUUUGACUUAAAUUUUUUUUAGACAAGCUAGGAGCUGGGUUCAGAGGUGACUGGCAUACUCGAUUUUCCAUGACCAUGGCUCCUCAGCUGUCCAGGGUACAUAUGCAAAGUUAUAGGCUAUUUAGAGCUUUGGAAACGUCUCCUCUAAAAACACCAUAACUAAGGUCACAAAUAGUUGAUAGCGCUUAAUGUCAUUGUGUAACUCAUCAGGAGGCCUAACGACUGCAAAAGUUUCAAAACAGCUAUGUCCACUUCAUAUCUGGAAUACCCCUGAGAGAAGGAAUCGCCAAACAUCUCAAAAAAAAGAAAUGGUUGACCAUGCAACCAAGAUGGGUAGUACACCUCCUUUCAUAUCUACAAACCAUUCUUACAAUUGAGACACCGAUCUACCUAUACAAUCAGCUAUCAAUAUCACAACUUGCAUUUGCUCUAAGUUGGUUCCACCACACAGAACCAAAUUUAAAAAAGAAAUCUUCUCUGGCAUGGCAACAUCACUAUACAGCAGUCUGCCUGUAAGGCUCAAGACUUGAUCAUUACGAUCUUGUAGGGAUAAAAUUAAGGACUUCAUUGAUAGAAUCCCUAUUACUGUAGGGCAGACGUAAAUAGUAUCACGUGCAGUUUGAUACAAUUCCGAGUUAACAGCAUCAUUAAAGUACAUUAGUUUGGAUUUUAGGCUUUUAUUGUAGCAAAUAAUCGUAAGCAUCAGACUGUCGGCUAUCAAUAUGUGUAAUUAUAGAAAUGUAAUACAACCAUUUAGGCCAGUGUUGUUAUCAUUACUUGGUUUUAUUAUUAAUCGUAACAUUUCGACUUAUGAAAUGAUAUACUGAUUGUUUCAAUCUUUUCUGAUGUAUUUGAUUUUAAACAAUUUAAUUUGAUGUUCCUGCAUUCUUUAUUAUUCCAAUGUUUCGGCUAUUCGACGAUUUUUUUACU